GCGCAGCGCAUUUCAGGCAGCUCCAGUCCGCAUUGGCAGCGAGCCGUGUGAGUCAGCAGCAGUUACGGACUUUCAGAGGUGGAGUUUCCACAACUUUAAAACCUUGACUUGAAAAUCUUAUAAAUUCAGAGGUAUUUGGCUUGCAUUCCCUGUUUUUAGACAAAGAGGACUGCAUUUCACUCAAGGCUCACCACUUUUGGGGGCUUCUUUGACUGGGAAUCCUGAACAGGAAUUCAUAAUGAAUUCACUUGCAUCUUUGUUUCUUUGGAGAAUCAUCACUUUGGUACUGCCACUGGUCUCACUGAGCCAGACAUCCGAGUAUGACUACCCAGGCUGGAAUCCAAAUUUUCCCGGCGGUGACACUUUUUAUAACAAGCCUCCACAGUGUGUGGACAUCCCGGAUGACCUGAGGCUUUGUCACAAAGUGGGAUACGAUAAGAUGCUUCUGCCCAACUUACUGGAGCACGAGACUAUGGCUGAGGUCAAGCAGCAGGCGGGGAGCUGGGUGCCCCUCGUGCACAAAAAUUGCCACCCGAACACACAGGUGUUUCUGUGUGCCCUCUUUGCCCCUGUAUGCCUUGAAAGGCCCAUCUACCCAUGCCGGUGGCUCUGUGAAAAUGUGCGUGAUGGCUGCACCCCAAUCAUGGAGGCGUUUGGGUUCCCCUGGCCCGAGAUGCUCACCUGCGAGAAGUUUCCCCAGGAUGAUGUGUGCAUCAGUGCACCCAAUACAACAGAUACCUCCAAACCUACUGGACACUCUCCGGUUUGUCCUCCUUGUGACCAUGAGAUGAAAACGGAUGCUAUUCUUGAACACGUGUGUGCCAGUGAAUUUGUCAUAAAGUCCAAGAUCAAGGAGGUUAAACGUGAGGGCACGGAUCGCAAGGUAAUCCUGCAGAAGAAGAAGAAAAUCCUAAAGGUGGGCACUCUGAAGAAGAAAGACAUGAAGAAAUUUAGUCUAAACCUGAAGAACGGAGCUGACUGCCCCUGCGCGCAGCUAGAAAAUCUCGGAAACUCGUAUCUGAUCAUGGGGCGCAAGGUGGACAAACAAUACCUUCUCACCGGCAUUCACAAAUGGGACAAAUCUAGCAAAGAGUUCAGAAAGACCAUGAAAAAACUCAAAAGCCACAAAUGCCCUGCUUUCGAGAAUGUCUUCUAGAGUUCCCACUCACUUUAUGAACUUGCACAUCCAGGCAACCCAAAAUAUUGUUUUAUUUUUCAGUGUUUAUAUACAUUAUAUAUUUCUCGUGUAUUUUUAUAGAUCAGUAUUCAAAGUGUUUUGUCUUGGGUUUGUGCCGCUUAACGAAAGAGAUAGCAAAUUAUACAGUAGAAACCAACUGAUCACUUUUGUAUAUAUAUAUAUAUCCAAACAUGUAACUGUUCAUAAUAUGUUGUGAAAUGAUCAGAGUUCAUCUGAAAUUGAUUGUUGAUCUUUCUUUUUUAAUUAUGCUUACAAAAAUAUAAUAUACACUAGUUGCAGCAGUACUCCAUUAUGUUCACAGCCUUUUGGUAAAACAUUUGUACAGAGCGCAUAUCAUACUUAAAACGAAAACUAUUUCUAUAGAUAUAUUUGUCAUCAGUUCAUGCGAAUCAUCCAGAUUUCAAUAUAAAGCAGUUUUUUGUUUUGCAAUGUGCUUUGGUUGCAGUCAUACCAAGAAAUGAUGUGACCACACGGUGUCCAUAAACUAAUCAAUCAAGCUCUUUGUACAAUAGUGUAUAAAUCUAUUAAAUCAUUGCUACUGAGUUAAAGGAUUAAGUCAAUUAAAAAAAAAUCCAGAUAAUUUACUCACUACCAUGUCAUCCAAAAUGUUGAUGUCUUUCUUUGUUCAGUCGAGAAGAAAUUAUGUUUUUUAAAGAAAUCAUUACAGUAUUUUUCUCAUUUUAAUGGACUUUAAUGGACCCCAACACUUAACAGUUUUAAUGCCGUUUAAAAUUGCAGUUUCAAAGGACUCUUAACGAUCUCAAACAAGGCAUAAGGGUCUUAUCUAGCGAAACGAUUGUCAUUUUUGGCAAGAAAAAUAAAAAUAUGAACUUUUAAAGCACAACUUCUCGUCUUCCUCCGGUAGUGUGACGCCAGCGCGACCUCACGUAAUACGUCAUCACGUAUAGGAAGACGAGAAGUUGUGGUUUAAAAGUGCACAUUUUUUAUUUUUCUUGCUGAAAAUGACAAUCGUUUCGCUAGAUAAGACCCUUAUGACUCGUUGGGAUCAUUUAGAGUCCUUUGAAACUGCAAUUUUAAACUGCAUUAAAACUGUUAUGUGUUGGGGUCCAUUAAAGUCCAUUAAAAUGAGAAAAAUCCUGGAAUGUUUUCCUCAAAAAACAUAAUUUCUUCUCGACUGAAAGAAAGACAUCAACAUUUUGGAUGACAUGGUGGUGAGUAAAUUAUCUGGAUUUAAAAAAUAAUUGACUAAUCCUUUAAUACUCAACAGUCCAUCAAGUAAAACAGUCUAUAUAAAUAUAUUCAUUUCAUUUAUUGCACUGUUUAAGCCAUUUCAUGACCAAUUUCUUCAGUCCCAAAUUAUGUAAUUCAAGUUUUUUUUAAUAGUAUACAAAUACAUAAAAUACUUCUUCCACCGUAAAUCAAUCUAUAUGUUUAUCUAUUAUGUAAAGUUUUAGCAUACACACUAAAAAAAUGCUCAAUUGUUUUUCAACCCACAGUUCGGUCAAAAAUAGACAAACCCAACUGUUGGGUUAUAAAUUGGGUAGAAACAACCCAGCAUUUGGAUUGAAAUUAACCCAACUAUUGGGUUUAUAUUUGACCCAACUUUGUGUUAAAACAACCCAACAUAUUUUGAGUGUAACAUCAACAAUGCUGAUAAAAACGUUUUAAUUUUUUUAUUUUCAUUGUUACAGGAAUUUGUUCAAAACUAUCUCAUGGCAAUUUGUUCAUAUUUUACAAGGGGGAUUCGUAUUAAUUCGGCGACCACAUUCGUACAUUUUUGUACGAUUUGCUUUUGCCCCAGUGACGAUAGAGUUAGGGAUGGGGUAAAGGGUAAUCGUAUGUUUUUGUACAAUUCCUAAAAUACGUACAAAUUCUCAUGAGAUCAAGCUGGAAUGUUAUAGGUAUAAAUCACCCAACCCUUUACUGUUUUGAUGUAUAGCGCUGUUAAUGUUGCUGGUGAAGGAAUUAUUUUUUUGCAAACCUUGCAAAGAUUUUAGUCCACAGCUUUCUACUGCAGUACACGCCACCAGUUAAAGUACUCAGACAUCUUCACUGUUAUUGAAAUGAUCUUGUGUUGGUGUAGCACUGGUUUGGUUUCACUGUUGCUCAGUUCUGUUUUUGUUCUGUUUUUAUUGUUGGCAAUCAUUUUGUACAUAAAAUUCUAGCACAAAUAUAAAAUAAAGCGCUAAGUGUCUGUCUUCUGCA